UGCUGAUUGAACAAUACACUACACAUACUGGGUCGGUGCUGGACAAAGCAAGUUAUUCAAAAAUGAAGCUAGUUAUCCUCGCUCUUGUAUCACUCUGUUUCUCAGAUUUCACUGCAGCAGAGUGCGCAAAAGAUAUGCUGGAGUCGUUAUCUGAAGCCAAGGCUGAGUGCGAUGCAAGAUAUAGACAGGAACACGGUCUGGGUACUAGAAAACCCUCAGAUUUGUUUCACAUCACAAGAUGCUGUAUGCUGAUUUACGGCAUGGCUUGCAUUCCCUUACGGCUCUGAGAAAAAGGAUGCGAUCAGCGGAAUAUUGCGCGUUUAAAAAAGAUGUGGGGCAAGCUAAUAGAGGCUGCAUGUGAACCAUCAAACUGGAACUGCCUCCUUGAAGCAAAAUGCGACGCCCCAACAAUAUCCGACGCGAACACUGAUUGCUACAAAACAUAUAACCAGGAACACGGCGUCAAUACUCGAAAGCCUAGUGACCCACUUGAACCAAGUGGGGAUGUGGAACUACUCUGCUGUAUGUUAAAAUACAACAAGUAUUGCGUUCCGAAACUCCUAGAAGAAAAAGGUUGCCACCCCGACGCUGUUCUACGUUCUGGUACGGCGAUAGAGACGAGAAUGAAAACAACUUGUCCAUCGUCCAAACCGAAGUGCGUCCCUCCACCACAGUGCAAUGAUAAAACCUUAUCAGACGCCAGGCUCAUUUGCGAGCAAAGAUGUCAAGAAGCACACGAACCAACAGGUCCGAAACGUCGUGUAGACCUACAACCUAGAGAUCAGAGCCGGGAAGAGAUGCACAAAGAACAUUGCUGUGUAAUGGAAUACAGCAGGGAUUGUGUUCUGGGAUAUCUAAAAGAACACGAAUGCAGUGAUCCACAUUUUCUUGAGAUUUUUCUCGAGAAUAUACGGACCGAAUGUGGAGCAACCAAGUGGAACUGUACACUUCCAUGGAAUACAGUACGCAGUGCGUUCCCGAAGUGCUCAAACGGAAAGGAUGCAGUCAUGAGGUAGCCGCGUCUUUCAUUGCACAGAGGAAGAAGGUAAUGGUGGUAAUGUGUGGAACGUCGAUGGGGCACUGCGAUUUCUACAAGAGCAAGAGCACUGGCCAUAUAAUACAUCCCAUAUGGACUUUGGCAACAUCGAUCUUUGUGAUGUCGGUGGUAACAAGCGGCUGUUACAAAAGCAUCUGCUAGAUUAACUUCCCAUUAAAAUAAUGAUUAUUGUCAGUCA